GGCUUCGUACACACACGCUGCUCUCCGAUGAUUGAUUGGUUGACCUCUGUCCACGAUGAAGACCUCUGAAGAGCCGUAAUCGCAUGUGACGUUAAUCAAGUCUUCUUGCCCAAGGCUCGUGUAUAUCGGCUCAAUGCAGCAGGUCUGCGUGUGUGCUUUACUCCCAUCACUCCCGCCCUUUCCCAUUGGCUGCUUCCCUCUCCCACACACACACACACGCGCGCGCGCGCGCUGGCUCUGAGCUCGGACACCAGAGUUGACGUUCUCGAGCGGAGGUCGAGAGAGGGACAGAUGGGAACCGCACACACACCGGAAAGAGGCACACGACGCUCCGUGCAGCACUGAUCACGACCGACACAUCGAGAAGAGACUCACGCAUCGAAAAGAGGACAGUGAGACGGAGGAAAGAAGAUGCUACUGAAUCAGCAGGAUGGGACUGAGAAACCUGAGCAUCUCCGAAGCUUCCUGAAGACGACAGCAAGAUCUCUUUUGAGUUUCAAGCGCUUCUGAAAAAGGACAGUUCUGAACGCCUCGUGCACUUGUGCACUUGUGCUCGGAUCGAACGGCAAGUUUCUGAGAAAAACGCCGUGCUUUGUUGUUGCCGCUCUGAACGGCAGCGUUUCCUGCUCCGUCACGGGUGCUCUGUUGAUUCACAUCACAUCCAGAGGCCUCGGCGUGUCACGGCCAAUCACAUCAAUGCCGUGAUGCGCCACGGGAUGAAGAUGAGGAUGAGGAGGUGGUUGUGGUAGAGGAACACAAGCGCCAAAGGCUGCAGCUCUCCUCCUCCCAAACCCCUGUCGAGCAUCACAGUAAUCAUCAGUAAUCCUAAUAAUCAAGGCUUCGCCAUGACCAACGGGGGUGUUACCAUGAAAAAGAUGUUUCCUGUGGAAAAAAGCAGAUGUUCCAGUUCUGUUCCUGUCUCAAGAAAAUGAAGAGGUGAACGACACAAGCAAAGAAACUCAAGGGCAAACGUGAGAGAUAAAAGUCAACCUGAAGAGAUGCAUUGCCCAGUCCUGGACUAUCAAGAUAUGCUACACCAGAGAGGACUGUGCACACAAGCUUUGAAUGGGAAAGUUGGGCAUUAAAGGUGUCGGGACAUCCUCUCACUGGUCAGCCUGAAAACUGUAUCCCAUUAACAUUUUAUUUGCCUUGAUAUUUUUAGGACAAGCAUGGUUACAACUGCUGCUCUUACACAGUGAGAGCUAUGUGUCUUGAGAUUUUGCUCUUGGCUAUGAAACCAUGAUGCAGACUUCUGGGACAUACUUGCAAGCCUACCCUGCCAAAGUUUCAUGCUCUUCAGGACUUACACAAAGAGAGUAUCACCAAGGUUGCUCAUUGAGUGUUUAAGUGCCCAUGUGGACUAAUGGGGCUGAAGCUCAGGAUACACCCAGUCCCUCUUUUGCAUAUAAAGGCACUUGCUUAUAAAGACUGUUCGUGUCAAAACCAGAACCUACUCUGACAGCAUUACCACAAAGACUUACACAGAAACCCUCAGUCAUGUGACCUGAGGAAAGGACCAGUCACAUGCUCUGCUGCCAUCGGCUGGUCUGUUUUAUUUUUUUUUUAUUUUUUGUUACUGCAGCAUUUACCACAUUCAGAGUUUGCCAAAUGUCAAAUAUACUGUGUGCUGUAAAUAUUUUUUUAUCUAAUUAAUUGUUCAUUCACAUUUGACUUGUGAAAGCAGACAAAAAACCCACACAGUCAAAUUUUUAUUUACAUCUAUGGUCCAUAAACUACUCUUGGAUAACAUGGUGAGCAAAGAGCCCAACCAUUUGCCAACUGUUCACAGCCAUAGCAAUGGCAACCCAGACAAAACACCCACCACCGUGACUGUGCGCUCAGUGCUCCUCAACCGGAACUCUCCAGAUAUUGAAAGCAGACUUAAACGGAGACGAAAUCGCACACAGCAAGUACGUUUUAAAGAUUUGGAGGAUGAUGAUGAGUCUAAGGAUAAAAAUGAGAAGGUGAGGAGUAAGAGCCCAACAGAGGUUCCAAACUGGCAGAAAGAGUUGACAAACGGGCCCUCGUUGGUGGGAGCAGUCCGUGGGGACAUGGAAAAGACAAUUGGAGCAGUGACAGCAUUUUUGAAGAGAGCACCACCGCACCCACUUACCCCUGGGCCUGCCAGACGCUGCUGGGUCCCAACACAUCCAUGUUCCCUCACAUUGCCGCUGCCAACUCAGCCAUGCAAGAGUACAGCCAUCCAAACCUCACCCAGUUUGCAGAAGCCUCCCUCACUCUCUGCCACACAGACUCGCAGUCACAGCCUGGGGGGAGCCUGGGAUGACGGAGACUCCUCUGAUGAGCUGACUGCACAUGUCUACAUUCCACCUUGUAGACCAAAGAAGAGCUCUGUCCAGCCUUGUACCCCUGCUGAGCAAUCAAGGUGCAAGAGAACAGAGGACAAUCAAACUGCCUCUGUGGGAACAUCAACACAAUUCCAGCCAUGUUCAGCUGCGCCACAAAAACAGUCUAGAAGGAGGGGUAGGAGGAAAUCUUUAAAUAGAGCAGCAAGUGAUCCUGGGAAACUUGAGCCUCCUUGUACUUCCCCAACUAAAACUGUGCACAGAAGCCACCAACAGUCUAACCAACCCAAGAAGCUUCCAUCCAAAUCUGUGGUGCACAGAACUUCGCCAGAUAUUGUACCCACGCAGUGUUAUCCCAUGCCCAACACAGUUCAUAAUAUGCCAUCUAGUGUCUCUUUCACACAGACUGAAGCAAGCAUUGAUUCAAAAAUCCAAACUGUCCCAGACAACGCAACAUCUUUGCAAAAUGCUGAAGUCGAUCCUGCAUCUUGUCCAUCUCACACUGCACCACCUCCAUCAACCACAUGUACCAAAGAAACGUCACAAUGUUGCCCACAUCAGGCUGGUGUGGAGAACAUCAGUUUGACCCCCACUGUACCAGAACCUUUGUGCACUACCACAGCACAAGUCAUAUCCACUGUCACCACAUUCUCAACACACCGUCAAUCAUGCAUGUCUCCUACUGAAUCUACAGGGCGUUGUUGCACACCUGCUAUUCAGAAUACAACAAACUGUAAGACUCCCCCAUUACCAGAGUCCCAGAGAAUUCCAGAUUCUCAUACAGAUCCAACAACUCCUGCCCAAUCCAGGCCUUGUUUCCAGAAGUUGGAGGAAACCAUUCCAUGCUCCAACACUGCUAGCUCAAAGGCAACAGCCUGUUCUCAAGGAGCACCUGCAGUUGCCUCUACGUUCAGUUCCACACAGCCAUGCCAGAAGACUCCAACACAACCCAUGGCAUGUGAUAUCACCUCCAAUCAACCUGUGUACUCUGUGAUAUCUCCAACACAACCUGUAACUCCUAUUCAGUCUGUGCCAAGAUGUAUGAGUCCUAAACAGAACGAGCCAUUGGGUAGUGCCCAUACCCUUCCUGUACAGACUCCUAAAUCAGCUACACACACCCCAACACCUGUUCAGUCUACACAGUCUACAUCAUCUUGUAAAAUUACAAUGCAUACUGUACCAUACUGUGUCAAAGACAAACCAGCAUCCUUUGGCUCUUCUACACCACCUACGGCAUCUCAUAAGAUUCCUAAACAAACCCUCCCUCACAAUGUGAUGUCAUUUCCUCCCGAGCCAUCCUGUGCCACUGCUCCACACCCUGUCUCACACUUCAAGGGCCCUAUUGCAGCUGCAGCACAUGCCAUUCCUGUUGCACAAACUGCAGUACAUUGCAUUUUGGAUCAACAAAAUGUGGCAACCCAUGUGACUCCUUCCAUGCCAGUUCUGAUUUGCAGCUCUUCCACACAACCUGCACCAGGUACACUUUCUGUUCAAGCAUUGCCACACUGCAACUCUAGUAUGCAAAAUACAGUGUCUUGCAGUAAUCCCUCUCAAAUUGUGCAACAUUUUAAGACUCCUACUCAAACAGUAUCGCACUCCAAAUCAUUUCCACAAAAUAUGUCACCUGUUCUCUGUCCACGUGAGGCAAUUAUGUACGCAAGUAAACCCCAGGAAACUGUGCUUCCCUCCACUAAUUUCAGGCAUUCUUUACCUCCUUAUGCCUGCCCUCCACAGACUACUCUGCUGUACUCUAAUGCUGGGGCGAACCCCACCCCUCCUCAGGCCUUCUGCUGCACUCAGGACAGACGAGACAGGAGAGAGUUCAUGCUUCCUCCCCCACCACCUCCUCCUCCUCCUUACACCCCCCGCAAAGAGGGCUCCUCUACUCCUGGACAUCCCCGUAAGCCUCCUGUCCCCCAUGCUGAGAGCUACAAUGCUGAAAAGGAUGGAGUGAAAACUGGGGCAGUGAAGCCAAAUGCUGAAGCAGGAACUCACCAUCAGGCAGGUGAAACCCCACCUCCUAUCCCUCCCAAAAGUAAGGCAAGAGCUAUGGUGAGGCCCACCUGUUUAAGUGUCCGAAGGGUGAUCCUCGGCCCAGAAUCCCAGGCCAAUGCAAACCACUUGCCUCCUGCUGGGGGGACAAACCCCCAGGCGGCCCUUGGACCAGCGGAGGGCCAAGCAGACACACUGCGGCAGGUGCAGGAGCUACUGGGGGGGCUUAUGUCUGGGACUAAGUGUAAGCUGGACCUGGCAAAGGCUAAAGAGAAACUGUUUGGCCCAAAUGGCCCUCUGUACGACAUUGGGGCUCUGCAGUCUCAGCUGCACAGCCUGGAAGGAGUGUUGGAGACCAGCCAGAACACCAUCAAGGUUUUACUGGACGUCAUUCAGGAUCUAGAGAAGAAAGAGGCAGAGCGAGACGGAAGACACUCGUACCGAACGGGACAGGACAUUGAGAACUGUGGCACCUGCAGAGACUGUGCCUGUAUCAUAUACAGUGUGGAGCAUGACUUCCGGCUUCAGGAGGGUCAGGUGACGCGAGCGUGGAAGGUCCCGGAGCAGCAGGAGUCGGAGCAGAGCUCUCCUCAGCUGGUCUUUCCUCCUCCACACCAGCAGGACUCUCCACAGGCCCUCCAGACGGUCAAGAAGAGCCGCAGGAAGUGCUUCUGGUUCCUGUGAACUCUUUGAUAGCAGGACGUGACAUCAUUAGUCAACAAAGAAGGUUCUCCAACCAACUCUAAGCCUCUUUUCUUCCAGUCCUCUGGUUUAACUUGUUUAGAGGCACAUCAUCCGCUCGACGAGGAGCCUUUGUUUAUUGUCUUUUUAAAAAGCAUCUUUUUCACACAAGGCCAAUCAAGAUUAAUGUACGGCUGUCCGAGUUGAUAUUUCAGAUUUGUAGCCCAUGGAAAGAAUUUAAAAAGUCCUUCCAUCUCAAAAAAAUGUCCUUUGAAUAAUAAUUCACCCAAAAUCAAAAUUCUGUCAUUAUGUUCUAUUUUCAUUGAUCUGUUCCUUGAAAGGGCCAUAAGUGAUUUCGUAUGGACGUACAAGUUGAGUGUUUCUGAUUGUUGACCAAUCAGGAAUGCUCUCGAGCUGUCAAUCAUUCUGAGUGUUUGUUUUUGUCGUUGGACUGCAUCUGUUUAUUCUGGUUUGAUUUUCCAGAUUUAUAGUUCAUGGUGAUAAUUUAUGUCUCGAAAACUGAGAACGGAGGGGGAGAAGGGGCUUUUUGCUGGUUCAUGUACAAUUUGAGCCAUUACUUACUACCUGAAAAGGGAUGAACUUCACAGCAGACAGUGAUUGAUGCACAGUGACAGCAGGAGACGGGACGUUAAGGACACAUUAAAGAGAGAGAGAGAUGAAAGAGGAAUUACAGGUAAGAAACGAAAGCAAGAUUACCGAUUCAUCAUUUUGGAACAAUGAGGGUCAAAACACCAGCUUUUAUACUAUGAAAACCUUUCAACGAAUCAAUUAUUCCACAUGCUUAAUGCUUUUAUGUAGAUGAUCUAACAACUAUACACACGCGGCGACAUUUAAGACAGUGAAAGUGAAUUUAAGGAGUGUGUCAUUUCAUUCUUUGUGAAUGCUUAAUUUCAGAAUCCAUUAAAAGCUCUAUGAAAUAUUUUACUACACAAAAAACUGUGUCAGGUGCUGUUUAUUUGUCUUUUGAUCACAGAGUGUUCAAUCACAGAUGCUUUCAUUAUUUUGCAACAUCAUACAGAUUAAAGCAAACCAGUCUGAGGUGGGAAUUUCAUAUACUAAAGGUGUGGAAUAAAAAUAAAAUAAAAAAUUGUUGUUCUUUUAUUUAGUAUAAAUGUAUCUGUUAAAUUUGAUGAUGUCACCGUAUUUGGGGUAAUUCAUUCAAAACCCCUUACUGAUAUAAUUACAUAUAAUAUUGCCCU